AUGCUUAACGAAAGUUUAGAAUCUGAUAAGGAGGUUGAUCCUGAAAGAGAAAGAUAAAGAUUAAUGCUUAAGAGAUAGAAAUCAAUUGAGGAGAGUCUCUAACUAAAUGUUAAAGAUCACGUCAUUAAAUUAGAAGUAAAAAUUGAAAUCAUUUAGAAUUACUUGGGUGAAUUGAAAAAAGACUUAGAAAACAGCAAAAAAGAAAUGUCUAAUUUAAGAAUGGAAAUUUCAACUUUAAAGAAUAGUCAUGGAAAAAUGAAUGACGAUCUAAUUACAUUUAUACAAAAUGAUGUAUAAUUAAUGUAAAAAUCUAGGCCAAAAGACUUCUAAAUGAAACUAUCAAAAAAUCUUAAGAUGUUUAACAUGAUAGUGAAUUUUUAGAUGCUCAAUUAAAUGUUUUGAAAAGCGAUAAAGAUAAAUUACUAGAUGUUACAACUACAUUAGAAAAAAGAAUUGUGUCAUGUGAGACAGAUGUAGGAUUUAAGCAUGUUUAUGAUUGA